CUGUGUUUUUCAUACUCUUCAGGCUUUUAUCCCACAUUGACCAGUGAAGAGCCGGCACACAGGCGAACAGUAUAGAGAGGGAGCACAGGCACAGAGAGGAUAAUUGCAUUUCUGGCUGCCCCGUGGGAACAUGGGAUAUAUGACCUCAUCAUUUACCUGUGAGGCUCUCCAGUAAACAACUCCAGAUAGAAGAAUGACCGAAGCUGCUGUAGAAAGCACAGAUGUCCUCCUAAAGCCCUACAGCUGCCCCUCCCCUCCGCCAUGUCUGCCCCUCUGCAAUCAGGAGGAGGAGGAAGAGGAGGGUCUCCAUGACAAUGAGAAGUUGGAGCAGCAAAAACACUGUAACCAGGUGCAACCAAAGAAAAAAGUUAAGGCUAAAGGAAAGUUAAUGCGAUGCAAGGCCAUCUGUGAAGAGUCCUCACCAUAUGAAGAAAUCCAGGCAUCUCCAGACGCAAACUUCUCAUCUGGCUGCCAUGACAAUGAGAGGACAUCAUGUAAGGAGGAAGAGCAGGGGAAGAGCCCAGAUCCAAAGAAACUGUCCAAAGAGUCCAGCAUGGAGUACACGGACUCCACUGGCAUAGACCUGCACCAGUUUAUUGUUGACACCCUCAACAGUAACCCCAGAGACCGUAUGAUGCUGCUUAAACUGGAGCAGGACAUGACUGACUUCAUCACCAGCAAUAGCUCCUUUAAGAAGUUCCCUCACAUGUCAUCCUACCACCGCAUGCUGGUCCACCGGGUGGCGGCCUACUUUGGCAUGGAGCACAAUGUAGACCACACAGGCAAGUCUGUCAUCAUCAACAGGACCAGCAGCACACGCAUACCGGAGCAGCAUUUUUUGGACAAGGUGCACAAGAACAAGACCGAUGAAAUCAACUGCUGGAAAUUUAUUUUAAAGAGAGACAACAGCUCAGAAGACCAGACCAGAAAUCAUCCCCUUCGUGAGAAGCAAAGCAAAUCAGUGGAGGAGAGAGAGGAAGAGUACCAAAAAGCACGAGACCGAAUCUUUAACCAAGAGUCUCUCUGCACCCAGGAGAAUGUCCAGGCAGAAAUCAGGGCUGUGGAGGAGUACAAUCCGUAUGCUGAAACCCAGCGAAGAAGACUGCUCUUCAGGAGGAGCCGCGACAGCUCGGGCUCCAGUUGGACAGGCAGCAGCAAGCAGAGCAGCACUGAGAUCGACUGUCGCCAUAGCAACGACCCCCAACCUUGGAGCAGCACAGACUCCGACUCCUCCUUCCAGUGGACAAGUCCCGCCCCCAUACCACAUCAACCUGCCAACCACAGCUGGGAACCGCGAGGUUCAGGCUCCAUCUCUCUGUUCAGACUGCCAGCGACUUGUCCUCUCCCCUCUUCUCCUCCCAUAAGAGAAGAGCCGGCUCACAACUCUGCAUACAUCGUGGAGAAUGGGAUCCCACCAGGAAGCAUAUUGGUCAACCCACAUACUGGGCAACCUUUCCUGAACCCCGACGGAUCCCCUGCUGUGUAUAUCCCUACAGAGAGUCAGCAGCCAAUCAGGAGCCAGACUCAGCCUCAAAGUGCUCCACCUCAGCAGCAGCAGCAGCAGCAGCAGGUGGUUCAGUACUCAUCUGUCUCUUACACAACUCCACAGAUGUUGCCUGUCACUCCCACACAGCCAUACUCCACAAUUGAAGACCUCUCGUCGCAGUUUGCUCACGUGGCGAUGAGCUGCCAGUCGACGGGUGAAGCCCCUCCCCUGUACCCUCCCGGUCAGGGUUACAUCUAUGCAGCCCCUCCUCCUCCUCAUCCUCCUCCCAACCCGCCCAGCUACUGCCAGCCCUCACCUCAGGUGCCUGUGUAUUACUUUGGCCAGUACCCUACCUCAGCUCAGCAUGGAUGCAGGCCCGUCUCACCGAGCCAGCACAUCCACAGCCAAGUAGCACAACCCACAGCAGGGUAUGCUCCUACCAUUGGAGUGCAGCAAUCUUCCCACACUCAGGCCCCGGCUGCACUGGGGACGUACUCACCAAUGGCCUCUCAUCAAUGUAGCAUGGUUCAGGGAGGAGUUUCAGUGCCCUAUCCGCCGAGUAAAUUUGUGCCUGGUGUAGGUGGGGAGGUGGGUUACUGCUGCGUGGUGCCCCCACCAUCCCAUCACAGCAGCUGCCAUCCUCCCAGCUGCAGCAGCCUCAGCGCGCCGGCUUGGAACGCACAGUACUGAUGUUGAUGAUGAUGAAGCCUCAGCGGAGGGAGCGAUUGUUACUUUGGUUCCUACGUGAACUCACUGCACACACUUAACAUGAACACCUUUUUUUCUUUUUUCCCCCCCUUCCCUCCACUCUUCCCCUUCCUCUCUCAUCCACCCCCACCUUCUUCCUGACAAGGCUCACACACGCACACACUCACUCACGCACUCACUCACUCACAUACAUAAAUGUACCACUGUACCAAAGCUUAAUAGUAUAUAUCAGAGCUGCUGUCUUGAAUGCAUUAUUUAUAUACAUAAAUGGAGUUUUAUAAUAAUUAUAUUAAAUUAUAUAUUGUGUUUUAAGGAAAUGCACUGUGUGAAGAGAAUAAAGUGCUAUGGCUGGA